UUACCCUAUGCGCCAACAAGCCAAUGGUGCGUUGUCGAAUUUUGGCACAUUCAGUCCGAUUCGGUCGAUUGCCUAAGCAAAAUGGUCGUAACUUGUGAUAUUCAAUUCAACCAGAAUGAGUGCGGUACUUAUUUCGCUGGCCAAUUGGUGGAUGGCUCGGUGGUGCUAGAGGCCGAUAAGCCCAAAAAUGUUAAAGCUGUAAUAUUGAAUAUAUCCGGAUUUGCUAUUACAAAAUGGCGAGAAAAACGUUUUGGUAGAAGACGAAACUUUUCCGGACGUGAGGAUUACAUGGAAUCCAAAACAUAUCUAAUGGGAUCGGAAACAAGUCAAAAUUUUACAAUACAAACCGGUAAGCAUACAUAUAAUUUUGCCUGCAAGCUACCAGAGAAUUGUCCGACAUCAUUUGAGGGCCUCCAUGGUUGCGUUCGGUAUAUAGUCAAAGUUACACUACUGAUACCUUGGAAAUUCAAUCAGACUUAUACACGCGGCUUCACGGUGAUGAAAAUGCUCGAUCUUAACUAUGAAUCGCCGCAAUUAAAAAUUCCAAUAACUUCAGAGAAUUAUCGUUCAUACUGCUGUGGACCCUGCAAAACGGAGCCGCUAAAAAUGCAAAUACAAUUACCGCAGGCCGGUUAUGUGCCCGGACAGCGUAUACCCAUCAAUGCGCUAGUAAUCAAUAACACCAACAUACCAGUUGCCGAAGUGCAUUAUGCGCUCAUAAUGUUGGUUCGGUAUUCUAGUCCGGCGCCAGCUGUAAACUCAUGCCUCGAACGUAUUACCAUGACGACGGCGAAGAGUGAGUCUGUGCUGCGUAAAUGUACGCGAUCGCUGACGCAAGAAUUACUUGUACCAGCCACACCACCAACCUGCUUGCGGUCAUGUAAUAUUAUACGCAUUUCCUAUCAGUUGGAGGUCGAGGCACGCAUGAAGGGUUGGUAUUCUAGUCAAACCAUUACAAUUCCCAUUUUUAUUGGAAAUGUGCCAUUGUGGCAAACACCACCAAUAAUACAACAACAACCACGCAGUAGUCGUAUGCCGGCGCUCACUGAGGAAGCGCUCUUACAGGGUGGUGAAUCGACCGAUAAGGGCGAACAGCAAGCUGUGACAGACGUAGAGGUUGAGCAAAAUAUUGCAGUAACAGAUGUUCAGUUACCAACAGAUAUUUAUCCGGAAUUACGUGAGUAUAAAUUAAAUUUCGAAAAAUUUGUUGCUGGAGUUUCCCUUUGGCAAGUUGCCAAUGAUGCAGUUAUUGUUAAAACUCCUUAUACAGUAAAGUAGGUUAACCCUAGGUUUAAAUAUAACCGAAGUCGAUUUCUAUUCAAUAUUUAUUAUUCUCAGAAGACAGCUUUCACAUAUACAAUCUUCUCUUCCUUUCUUGAUAUCACUUAGACAUCAUUUUCGGUU